GAUGUUAAAAUGUACGGGAAAGUCAUGAAGUUCGAGACCGACAAGCCCGUACAAGUCAUGUUUCUGGAACGUUCUUCUUGCAGUGAGGACGGUGGGGAUAACCCGGGUGAACCCGGGGAUCCCGCAAUGUGUUUAGCCAUACCCACAGCAUUGUUUUACGAUAUGUACAUUUUUAGCACUCCCAAUACUAAACAAGUGAUACCGGAGAACUACCUGACCCUGGUCAUUGAGGAACCCAACAAGGAAAUCCUUCAAUUUGACGAUCAGAAAUUCCCCCACGAUGAGAGCGUUGUGUGGAAACCAGUCUUAGGCAUGGAGGAAUGGGUGGUCGGGUCGAUAAAGACUAAACCUGGGACACAUGCACUUCAGGGUACCCGAAUGUUCUACUUUGGCUGCUACCUGUACGGCUACCAUAUGCACUAUGGCUACAUGCAGCCAGCAGGAUUCAUGUCGUCACCCAUCGAUGACGUUGAAAAUUGUGAAAACACGCAAAAAUCUAGUUCAAGAGGAGACCUAAUUGAUAAUGAUUGCGAUGGUCGCGUUGACGAGGAGUUGUACGAUGGGUGGGACAACGACCAUGACGGCGCUGCUGACGAGGAUUUAGCAAAGCCUGACAGAGUUAAUGGUGGAUGGGCUGAAUGGCGUGCCUGGGGCUGUACCCAGAAUUGUUCUGUAACUGAUGAAGAACGUUUCAGACGUUGCACCAACCCCCAACCGGUCAACUUUGGGGCCAACUGCCCGGGUUUUAACAGACAGCCCCGUAAAGGAAAGUGCUGGAUCAAGACGAGGUGCCCCACAACAUGCCCUAAACUGAGAUUUGGAUUCGAAUGCGCUAAGUCUUGCGCCAACUGUUUCACCGACUGCAACAAGUUCAACGGCACGUGCAAUGGCACGUGUGUCAUAGGUUAUCAGGAUCUGGAAGAGAUGUGUUUGAUUCAGUUCCACAAAGGAGGCAGUGCCUAG